GAGAGACGCAGGCUCGCGCGACGCUAACGGCUCCCUCUCUCUCUCUCUCUCUCUCUCUCUCUCUCUUUCCUCACUGCAGCCUUCUCACCUCAGCGUCUUUAGCAAACACUUCACUGGAAGUAAAAUCAGAAAUUUCUCUGGAAAAGAAACGAUUCGUGUCGAAGUGGAAGAGAGAGAGAGAAAGAGAGAGAAAACGACUCGCCAUCAGGCGCGUCAAAGCUGGAGAAAAGUCUGAAGUAGGUCGAAAAUCAGAAGAAAAAGAAGAAAAAGCGACGUUCAUCUCUGCUGAGGCUUUCUGGAUUCGCAUGUGUGACAUGGCUGGCGCUCACAACAAGCUUGCCGUUCUUGUGUCGUGCAUAUGGAUAUUUCUAAUGCUCCUCGAACCCAGCCUUCAGAAUGGGGCCGUAGCAGGGCAUCGAGAGCCUCUUCCUGAUGACAGCAAAGACAACAUCACCAUUUUUACUCGGAUUCUGGACCGCUUGUUGGAUGGCUAUGACAACAGGCUGCGCCCUGGUCUAGGAGAGAGUGUGACUGAAGUUCGGACCAACAUCUACGUCACCAGUUUUGGACCGGUAUCAGAUACAGACAUGGAGUACACAAUUGACGUGUUCUUCCGGCAGAGCUGGAGGGAUGAGAGGCUGAAGUUUGAUGGACCCAUGCAGGUUCUCCCACUCAACAACCUUCUGGCAAGCAAGAUCUGGACUCCGGAUACCUUCUUCCACAACGGGAAAAAGUCAGUGGCUCACAACAUGACAACUCCGAAUAAACUCCUGCGGCUGGUGGACAACGGGACCCUGCUGUACACUAUGAGAUUAACUAUUCACGCUGAGUGCCCCAUGCAUCUGGAAGAUUUUCCCAUGGAUGCUCAUGCCUGCCCGCUCAAGUUUGGAAGCUAUGCUUACACCAACAACGAGGUGGUCUACAUCUGGACUGCGGAUGAUGAGAAGUCCGUGUCCGUGGCUCCAGAUGGCUCCCGUCUCAACCAGUAUGACCUGCUGGGACACGUCAUAGGCAAAGAGACCAUCAGCUCUAGCACAGGAGAAUAUGUGGUGAUGACAACUUACUUUCAUCUGAAAAGGAAAAUCGGCUAUUUUGUCAUUCAGACGUAUUUACCCUGCAUCAUGACAGUCAUCCUUUCCCAGGUCUCGUUCUGGCUCAACCGGGAGUCGGUGCCGGCGCGAACCGUCUUCGGAGUCACCACUGUUCUGACCAUGACCACGCUAAGCAUCAGCGCCAGAAACUCAUUACCCAAAGUGGCCUAUGCUACAGCUAUGGACUGGUUCAUGGCCGUGUGUUACGCCUUCGUCUUCUCCGCCCUCAUUGAGUUUGCCACCGUCAACUAUUUUACCAAGCGCAGCUGGGCCUGGGAUGGUCAGAAGGAGAGCCAGGAUAUGAGGAGACGCGAGUCUGCGUCAUUCUCCAAAAAGACCAACAACACGUUUAACAUCGUGGGCACUACUUAUCCUAUGAGCGUGGGAAAAGAACCGGGACUGACCACUAUUUCUAAGAGCGCUUCCAGCACGGCCUCAGCCCCAGCCCCAGCUCAGCCCGUCCGAGAGGUGCGGCUCUCCAGAAUGGAUGGCGAGUACAUCUGCGAAGGUGUCAAGAAGUCCUACAACCGAGUCAGCAAAGUGGACAAGAUCUCACGCAUCAUCUUUCCUGUGCUCUUCUUCAUCUUCAACCUGGCCUACUGGGCCACUUAUGUCAACAGGAAGCCAACCAUCAGGAGGUCCAACCCCCAUAACUGAACCUGAAAUAUAUCCAUAAACAACAAUGAAAAAAAAAACCUCCUAGUCAAGUCUGGAGUAGCCAUACGAUGCUACCACCACAUGUGCAAUUUUAUUUUUCUUAUUUGUUUUGAUUUGUAGGUUUGCAUCGGUUCCACGCCAGGUUUACAUGCCAUCGUUCGAUUGGUAUGAAGUGUUUGUAGAUUAUGUAUACUCACUUACAAUCUUUAUAACGUUGUGUAUGGGAGACUUGUGUGGUAAGGUCUGAGUAAGCCUUGUAGUACGUUUCGAUGGCAAAAUAUGAACAGCCGCCUGUUUGACGCCACUCGUUCAGGAUGAUCUACAAGGCUAUAUGCUCACCACACGCCGUAUAUCAUUAGAUAGAAAACUCCGAGCCAUCGUUGGUAGUCAGUCGACUUGCCGAUCGUCUGUAGCCUUCAGCAGCCAGCAGCGAUGUCCGUAUGUCUGUGUAUCGUUCAUAAUGAUCAGUGUUUGCUCUUGGAGUCUCAGCUAAUUUAGACCAAUAUCAUCUAGAACUGCUUUUUCAUCAUCCCCAUGAGUUGCCUCGGUUAUUUGUUUUUGUAUUGCUUUAAGAGCCCGUGCAAGCUCAAAGGUAAAGAAACUGUGUGCCUUUUCUCAAUCCCUCUCCUGUUGAGAUGAAUCAUUCAUCACUCACGGUCAUUGUCUCAAGCUUACACUUUUACUCGAACAAAGAAAUUUAAAACGAGCUCCCAUAGAGUCGUCUUACGCUCCACUGAGAGCGCCUGACAUUUUAUUGCAUUUAAAAGCACGUGUGAAUUAUAUUUACUCCUUUUUUUCCACCAUGUUCAUCUGCAUGAAUUGCACCUUGUAUUGCUUACAGGCUUUUUCCAGUCUAUAGCUGAAUGUUUUUUUUGUUUUUUUUUUUUUUAGUCUGCAGUGACAAAUCACAAGACUGCUUUACUGCUUUAACACCCAAGUUAAAGUAUCGUGACUAAAGUUAAAUUUACUGUGCCAUGCCAUUAUCAAGAGCUAAACUGUGAAUAGAACCAUCAGUAGGCUUCAUGUGAUUAUGUUCGGCGUACAGUUUGUAGAUUACAAUAUUAAUUAAUGAUAAUAUGUUUAAAAAAGUGCCAAAUCAUCACAAAUAUGACUUUUGCAUUCUCUACUUUGAAAGAGCCAAGUUUACAAUGAAUUUUUUUUUUCUAAAGUUGCGUAAUGUAUGUACUUAUGUGACAGCAAGCUAUAUGAAGCAAAAAAACCCAUUAACCUGACCAUUUCAUGAAUCAUUGCUAUUGAUUAAUAGUUCCGAGUACAUAAUAUAAAUUACCAUCCAUCAUUAAAAAAAAAAAACAUGAGAGAAUUCAAUUAGAGGAUGGAACAUACUUUUAUUUUCUUUUUUUUCUCCACAGAUAUGUUUGUUCAUAUACACCUCAUGCUGUAUUAAUAGUAGAUUUAAUGCAUGACAAUCUCUUCGAUAUUCAGUCUGUCACCUCCUGUUACACCGGUUGUCAUGAUUUAGUAUGACGCCCGACGUGUAGCUUCUCCAAAUAGCUGUAUUUGGAGUCUGUAGAUACCUUGUUGUCAUGGGGAUACUUCAUACGUUUGUAUUUUGACGCAAAUAGUGUAAAUCGUAAAUAAAACCAUAUCUGAAUAUAGGAAUAUAUUUAUAUAGUGAUAUAACAUUUAUUUAUGGUAUUUAUUAUACACAAUAUAUAGACAUAAUAUAUGACAUAUAUAUAUAUAUAUAUCAGGGGAGCCCAAGAGAGGGGAAUUUUCCUGUUCUAAUGAACCUUCUGAAUCUCUGAGGUUUAUUUGAGAAGUCAGUAGUGAACUGUGCUGGACUCUGAGUCUUGGUCAGACCAUCUGAGACAGCAGCUGGGCUUCCUUGUUUAAUAAUAUCGGAACAAAUGUACAAAAUCGGUGAUCCGUACAGCAACGUAGUGCCGUGAAUUAGACCAGACCUGUAUUCCAAUCUAUACUCAAGGCCAGGUAAAAGUUGUGAUAGUUCUAUGUAUUGUGAAUCCGAUUUAAAUAAGAUACUUGGAACCUGUCGUCUGUGUAACAGUUCUCUAUAACUUUGCCGUCUAGCAUAUGCACACUGAGGAAGUACUCUAGAUAUGUAUUUUUAUGAUGAUUAUGUUUGUGGUGAAAGGUUUGAUGAUGAAGGAGUGAUUUGCAUUUGUGUCCAAGCCAUGAUUAGAUUAACGUUUGUAGACAUCCAGUAUUAAUAUGUUACGUUUGUCACUGCCAGUUUCUUACAACACCGUAUUAAUGCUGCUUAUCUUUGCUCGAUUAGCAUGAGGUAAGCUUUUAUUUUGCUGCCUCGUUAUGGUUUGUAAUAGAGCCUUUUCUUAGUUCUGGUUGAAUCUUCUUAGCAGAUGUCCCCUACAUUACCUAAAUUUGCUGGCAAGAUUCUUUGCGUGGUAGUCGUGCUGCCUUUGUGUGCACUUUUUUUUUCCGUUUUUACUCUGGAAAAAAAAAUGCUCUGUCUGCAAGGUUUCUUGUACAUACUAUAUAAAAGGGCAAAAAAUAGUCUUACAGUUUCAUGCAUGUCUCAGCUGCUUCAACAUGCAAACUCUGGUAGAUUUCAUCCCUUUUUAGACCCUUGGCUAGUUCUUUUUGAUAUAAUAAAUGGCCUAAGGGGAAGUCAGCGUUGUCUUUUAUUUAUACGCUCACCUGUAUGAACACCUGUAUCCGGGAUCAUUCGUGCAGUUAUCCAAUCAGCCAGCCAAUCAUGUGGCAGCAGCACAAUGCAUAAAAUCAUACAGAUACAGGGUUCUGUUACUGUUCACAUCAAACAUCAGAAUGUGAAAAAAGUGUGAUCUCAGUGACUUUGACUGUGGCGUGGUUGUUGGUGUCAGAUGGGCUGGUUCGAGUAUUUCAGAAACUCCUCAGAAAAAAGACCAGGUGACAUUUUUCCAGUCUUCAUUGGUCCAGUUUUGGUGUCCACUGGAUCCUCAGAUUCCUGUUCUUGGCUGACAGGAGUGGAACCUGAUGUGGUCUUGUAGCACAUUCACCUCAAAGUUUGGCAUUUUGAGAUGCGUUUCAGCUCACCGUGGUUGUAAAGAGUGGUUAUGUGAGUUCCUGUCAGCUCGAACCAGUCUCUCCAUUCUCUCUUCCUUCACCUCUCACAUCAACAAGACUUUUCUGCCCCCAGAACUGGAUUUUUUGUUUGUUUGUUUGUUUGUUUGUUUGUUUUCCUCUCCAUUCUGUGUAAACUCAAGUGUAAAAUCCCAGCACAUCAGCAGUUUCACUGAGAUUCUGAUGUUUGAUGUGAACAUAAUCUGAAACCUGAUAUUAUGUCAUUGCACUGCUGUAACAUGAUUGGCUGAUCAAAUAAUGGCAUGAAUACCGGUGAAGUGAGUGUAUACUUAUAAUUAUACCAUGGUCUGUCAGAAUACUCCGUUCUGAUUGGCUGGAAGGUGUGCAUUCAAACCAGGUAGUUCCAGUCAGUUUAACCACCGUUCUAAAUUAAUGCGCUGCCUAUAAACACUUGUAACCAUAGCAACAUACAUUUACAGUCGCAUAUAGUAGUUAAAUUCACAGCUUCAUUAUUAGUAGAGAUGCGGCACAAUCUAUCUCUCUCUAUAAUAACUAUUUAUUAUAAUUCAUUCAAAUAUAUGUAAUCUUAUGGCACUACUUUAUCUCUGUGUAUGAUUUAGAGCGACAGAAUUCUAGAUCUUGCGACCCGUAUAUAAAAUAGCUAACGAAAAUUAACCAUUAUUUUGAUCCUUUCAGUCAAAUUUUGUUCUGCAAACAUCAGUGACAGCUUUAACUUGUCAGUGCAGGCGAGUGACCGUGGUAUAAGCAGGAUAGUCCAUGGCUAGGUGUGCGUUACACGAAUUUAAUGCACUCCGCUUCACUUUCGGUCGUUCUUUGCCUCCACGUCGUGCAUUAAAAUCGUGUAAUGCGAACCUAGUCGUGGAUUAUCCCUUACCUGUAUAACUACGCCUAUUGGAUGGUAAAUGUCUGCCAGAGUUUGGUUUGAAAGCUGAAUCACUCAAUUUUGUUAUUAUUAUUAUUAUUAUUAUUAUUAUUAUUAUUACGCUUCCUUUAGUGGCAUUACACUGUGAUUGAGUUUUAAAGGAAGACUGGGCAAGAAUUGUCUUCGCAGAAUGAAGUGAAGUCUGCACAAAACAUGACCGAGUGCUUUUAUUGUCAUCGUCUUGAGUAAGGACGUUGUCGGAUAAACAAAGACUCAGCACACGCUGCCCGUUACUUUCUGUAUAAACCAGACUUGUGGUCAAAAGGAAGCAGUCCUUGUCCGGAAAAGAAAUUGUUUUGCAGUUUAAAAAAAAAAUACUGUGCUAAGAACAAGGGUGACUUGAUAAAGCUGCCUUCCUCAAAAUAAAUUCUAAUGUUUACGACUCGCUUCCUCAGCCAUACAUCAUGAUUAUUGCCAAAUUAUCAGCCGUGCCAAAUGACCUUUUGAGAGAAGCGCAGUGAGAGAACUGAUUUGCCCAUAGAUAUUGACUUGUUGAGUGUGUAUGUGUGUGUGUGUGUGUGUGUGUGCCUCAAUCAAGCAGACUCCAUUGAGAUGCCAUGAGAGCUUAAAAUAUGUUAGUGACGGAGUUUCCAUUUGCCGGUUCCAGAACUGCAGUAAUUGUGAGCAGUAAAAGAAUUUCUCUUUCUAUUUUGCAUAUUUCUCAGCUCAAAACAAUUCUUGUGUCAAAACAGUCUCAUCCAGACGCUCUAAUGAGCAAAGGCGAGUCAGUUUCAGUUCAAAUGAACGAACUUAAACCGUCAUCCCUGCAUUUAUUUUCCUACAAGCGUACUCAGACGACCUUUAAAGAAUUGGGAAUAUCUCAGAUCUUCAUCCAAUGCUAUACUCUCCAAGAUGAGAGUGAAGCUGAGCCAAACUUUCUCCUUUUUCCCCCCAGAUAAACACUCCGUAUGUAAGGAAUAAUCUCCAUCAUGUCCACAUGAAUAUUUGAAAACGUAGCUUGAGCUUUUUGGUUCCAAAUUGCUGUGGAGAUGUAGUGCUUUUUGCUAGUGGGAGAUGCUUUUGCUAUUAAUUAUAAAUCGAUAAUGCUUUCUGUGGCUCCUGCUGUGUUUUGAGGUUUUUCCCACUGUGCCGAGUGCUCGCGGUGCCUCACUGACCCUCCACCGCCUCCUGUGUUCACACAGCCGAGUGCAGUUAAAAACCUCUCCUCGUACCGGCUCACUUCUCUAGAAUCAUGAUGGAUUAUACGAGUCACGUACCGUAUAUAAUUCGUGGGAUGAAGCGAGUUACUCUUACCACCCUGACGUGAAUUAUUUUCGCAGAAGAGCUCAGUCCGAAGUGUUUCAUUCCUCUUAUACGACAGUGAUUUGCAUUCAGUAACGUAUGAAACAUCACACUUUUUAACUGUUCAGCUUAUUCAAUGCUUUUGUAUGUGGAACGUCCAUGAGAUGAAUUAUUCCUGUUCUCACUUAUGUUAUAGCAGCUUUAAACAGUCGUUCCCUCACCAGACUCUCAUUUUUUCUCUCUCUUGAAGUUAAUAAGACAAAAAAACACAGCUACCGAGAAACUGUAAAUCGUUAGGUCAUUGUUACAAAGCGCUGACACUGGAGACUCCUUCCAUAAAAAAAAACCUAAAAUGUCCUAACAGAAAGCUUCACCACAUCAACGAUGAAACGUUUUUCUUUGUUAAACAAAAACAUGAUUUCGCCCUGUGAAUGAGCUGUUACCAUAGAAACGAUGACGCAUUACAGUAGAACGAGUGCUUUAAUAAAAAAAAUGUCAAUUAAUCGUUUAUGUUACAGCCGGAACAACUGUCGGAGCUGCUGUUAUAUAAGCCGCACUGCGCAUUUACACCGUCUGCUUAUUGCUCACUUCCGUAGAAGAAUUCCACAAGAGUGAGAUUAAUGAGAUAUGUGUUCUGUGACAUGGGUAAGUUUUAUUGCUCAUUUCCAUCAGUAAAAAAAUACAGAAAUACAUUCUAAUCUGAUAGACCACGUUUCAGAUGUGUAUCUAAUCUUGGACCACUAAAGAUCUAAAACGAUUAGGUUUUUGUGUUCACACAGUUCUGAAAAAAAAGGAAAGAAAACAAAACAAUCCAGUCUCCGUCACAGUUAGGAUUAGAUUCUGCCACAACGACCCUAAUGUAAAGAUAUCUAUUGUGGAAAGUUUAGGAGUCCAGUAUUAUUUAAGAACAGAAAGUUAACACUGUAUUUUAACCUGGAAGACAGUAAAACAGUAAACUCUGAUUAUAUCUGUUGUUGAAAUUUCCUGUUAAAGGUAAAAAGUCUUUGAAUUGCUAUUUUAAACGUCCUUCCUGCCGCUGUGUCACUGUGUUUUACAGAAACAUGUAAAAGCCAGACGUUAAGGUGUUACAGUCAGAAAAGGCAUUGGGGAUGUUUUUUGUGGAAAUUUUGACUUUGAGGUGUUUUGCUAUGUUUUUGAGGUGCUUUUUGUUGUGAUCUGUUUGUGAGCGUAAUGACAGUAUUCUGUUUUAACCCUUCGUGUGUCUGGGUUAGCUGUUCCUUACAUUGAAUAAAGAUACUCAACUUUCAGAUA